CCACACAAGCUGAAACCAGCUCAGCUCAUAUUUUUGGCUUGAUAGAUGAUCUAAAUGAAAUGACUAAUAUUCUGUGAAUGAACACGUUGUUUUGGCGCUGGCGCUGAUGUACCAAAUGAUGUUUUUGCUGUGUAAUGCCUUAGUUAAGUGCAGCAGUGGGGUGUAAUUCCUGUCUAACUCAUGUGAUAUGUCUAGUCAUGCCUAGGUGAGUGUAAUCAAGAUGCCCUCUUUAUUAGGCUGUCAGGUGGUGGUCAGGGUGGGGAAAGGUAUUUCCGCUGAGGGUUGCUAAGUUUCCUGGAAACAAAUUCACUUUAGACUUCCAAGGUAUGUUUACCUGCUGUCAGGGCAUCAGGAUUCAUUUGACUUUUUUGUUGUUGCUGUCACACAGGAGUGAGUCACAUCCACUUAAGAUUCAUCGUGGUGAAAGCUGACACCCAUGGCUCACUCUGGAUUGUUGUGGUUUGUUUUUGUCACUGGAUGACAGGUCUCUGCAGAUGAUCUCAUUUCCAUUCAGAAACUUUGGCGAUACUUGAUAUAUGAUCCGCGUUUGUAUGGAGAUCAAACAGCCAAAAUUGGCCCCACUUUCUUGCCUACUUAACUGUAAGUGGUGAAAAAACAUCAUGGUACAGUCAUUCUGUGCACAGAGGAGGGUGGAGCCGGUGCAGUGGGACUUUUUUUUUCUUACCGGAGGGGAUCAGAUCUUGACUUGAUGCGCCAGGACGGAAUCCAAGGUGGUUUUCCAGUUAAUUACGCAGCGUCAAACCACACCGGGAUGUAUGUUUAGCCCCACUCCGGUUUAAAAUCGACUGUGAUUCUAAUUCCGAUUUUCAUUUGGCAACAUCUAGAAGCAAAACUUGGUUUAGCCAUGCAGCGCACCGCACUGGCACUUCCACGCGUCCAGCCCUCGCCGCGAGCAGCGCGUAAAAGCGAGUGGCUCCGGAGCGCUCUGGCCCAUCACCACUGCCCUGACCCCGGUGUGGAUAACGAAAUUGUCGUCCUGGCUACUGGGAUAGACCAAUACUUGCAGGAGGUCUUCCACCACUUGGCUUACCCCAACCGGAACGAUACGGUGUCGGCGGAGGAUUUCACCGCGCUGUGCGCCGUGCUGGGACUCAACAGAGCAGAGAAAGGAAAGAGGACAGUGAAAGGAGGAACCGGUGAUGGAGAAAAAGAAGAAGAAGAUGAAGAAGAAGAGUUUAAGGGUGUAUGUUUUGGGCUGCCGUGCCAGCUGUCAUUUAAGGACUUCCACUCGCGGCUUUGUGGGUAUUUCCGUGUGCGCAGCGCGCGUAGAGGCACCGGGGAGAGUGCCUGGCGUCUGCCCGUUACUGAGGACACGGAGCUGGUGGAACGACAGAUCCGUCUCCGGUGGCCGCGCGUCAGGCGGAGGAAAUGUGUGAGCUUUGAUCUAACGAAGGAUCAGGAUGGACCCGGGAACAGACCAAUUAAAGGUCGAACCAAUGAGGACCGCGAUUCAGAUGAGGUAGCGGCUCUAAGGGAGCUGGUGGAGGACCUUCGCUGUGCGCUGCAGGGGAGCGAUGCUCGCUGCCUGGCCCUUGAGGUGGCUCUCAGACGGGAGAGGAGUCACAGCCUCCCCUCACCGUCUGGCUUCAAAUCCACAGCUUCAACUGAACCCACGACUUCCAUCACCCUCAUACAGGGGAAACUGGUACCAACACAGAGAAUUAAAGGACAGGGCAGUGGUGCUGGAGGGGAAGGGGCGAGGAGGGCGGUGAGAAGACGGGACAUCAGGGACCCCCUUCUAAGGGAACUGAAGCUAAUCCGCUCCUCGCGUGAUGGGCAGCUGGGGGAGGCCAUCAAGUUCAAUGAACGUCUGGAGGAGGAGCUGCGAUGGACGUACCAUGAGGUGCACAAGCUCCAGGGGGUUGAGUCUGCUCUCAGGAAGGAGAACUCGCAGAUCAGGAGGCGAGCGGAGGAGGCCAGGGAGGCUCUGAGUCUGGGCCUUCAGAGGGUUCGGAUGAUCCAGGAGCAGGCUCAGUCUCUGCCGCAGCUCCAGUCCAGGAUCACCCAGCUGGAGACUGAACUACAACAGUACAGAUCCCACUGCACCUGCAUCCCUGACCCCACCCGUCAACAAAUGUACCCAAUCGGAGGAGAAGACGCCAGCAGCAAGACAGAUGGGGAGUGUCUGCAGAGAGCAGUGGAGGGGAAAGCUGCCUCUGAUGAAGAAGAGGAAGACAGGGGGAUGGGGGAGGAGGGGCAGUGCAGCCUGUCGGAGGUGAAGAAGCAUGUCAGCCCGCUACACGGCUGUGGCAAAGGAUGUCAGAACCAUCAGAACCAACUUCCCUCUCAGAAUCACCUACGUGAUAAACAUCACAUCAGCACUUUUAAGGACAGCAGGGGGCGCUGCAGCUGGAAAGGACAAAACCAAGAGCAGUCGGAGAGAAGCAGAGGGUUUGAAAAAGAAAAGAGGCCUGAGGAAGAGGAGAAAGAAAAGACACGUCUGUCUUUGCUGGAGGAGAAAGUCACAGAUGCCCUCACACUGCUGCUGCAGCUACGCAACAAGAACGUGUCCCGCACAGCCCUGGAGAAGAUUGUGAUGGAGACUCUGGAUGUGUGCAGCAGGAGUGUAGACGGUCCUUCUCAGGUCCUGAAGGUUGCUGAUGCUCUAUGUCUCCGGCUGUCCUCCAGGGAUCUCCUUGUAAAUGGAGGGGACGAUGAAGCAGGAGAGAGCAGAGAGAAACUUCUGGCUCCAUCUCCAGGAUGUCAAACCAGCAGCGUCAACCCGCUGCUCAUCUCCUGUUAAAUAAGCUACUGUAGUACUUCUCCUUUUUUAUUUACCCUUUUCUUCUGUUUUAUUGGCCCGUUUGCACCCAUGUACAUUUGCCAGUUUUGUAUCCCAGAUUAUAAACGUGAAUCAGUGUAUUUAAAGAUGAUGAAUUUUAUUAACUUCUUUACUCUUUUCGUUCUAUUUUGUAUCUAUUUAAUUUUAAUUAAUGAUUAAAUAUUUUUAU